UACUAUCUUCGCUUACUCCUCCCACAAACCAAGCAAUUUAUUCUAAUAGAAGACAAUAAUGGAGGUGUAUACUUGUCAACAUCAAAACAACAAACAUCGGCCUAUUCCUCUUGUAUAUAUAUCCAACAUUGUGGGUUCAUGAGUGGCACAAGAUGGACAUCUCGAAAGCUGAGAAAUUAGAGAGCCAAAAUGAGCUUCCACAGCCACAGCAACAAGGCAGAGGCACAAGCUUCCUUAGAACUUGUUUCAAUGGGCUCAAUGCCUUAUCAGGCGUAGGAAUACUGUCAAUUCCUUAUGCACUUGCUCAAGGUGGAUGGUUAAGCUUAUUGCCUUUUUUUCUGGUGGCUGUUAUCUGUUGGUACACUGGACUGCUUCUUCGACGCUGCAUGGAUUUGAAUCCCCUCAUCAAAACCUAUCCGGAUAUAGGUGAGCAUGCUUUUGGAUACAAAGGGAGAGCAAUUGUAUCGCUGUUCAUGUGUCUUGAGCUGUACCUGGUUGCAGUUGAGUUUCUGAUAUUAGAAGGUGACAAUCUAGACAAGCUGUUUCCAAACACGGGGUUCAGAGUUGCCGGGCUGAAAAUUGAAGGAAGGCGAGCCUUUGUUCUACUGACUUCCCUCGUGGUUCUGCCAACUACAUGGUUGAAGAGUUUGGGUAUGCUUGCCUAUGUUUCUGCAGGUGGGGUUUUGGCUUCUUUUAUCCUUGUUGUUUGCAUCUUUUGGGUUGGAGCAGUGGACGGAGUGGGGUUCCAUGAAAGCAAUGUACUUUUGAAUUGGAGAGGAAUGCCUACUGCUAUAAGCAUGUUUACCUUCUGUUAUUGUGGGCAUUCAGUUUUCCCCACAUUAUGCAGCUCAAUGAAAGACAGAAGCCGGUUCUCCAAGGUUUUACUUGUCUGCUUCAUCACAAGCACCAUCAACUAUGGAUCAAUGGCUGUUCUAGGCUACCUGAUGUAUGGAGAACAUUUGAAGUCUCAAGUGACAUUAAACCUCCCUAUCAAAAAGAUCAGUACAAAAAUAGCAAUCUAUACAACUCUAAUCAAUCCCCUCACAAAAUAUGCUAUCAUAAUUGCUCCAAUUACUACAGCCAUUGAAGAAAAAUCAAUCUUCAGCAAUAGCAGAUCUCUAAGCAUCAUCAUUAGAACAGCUCUUGUGAUCAGCACUGUCAUUGUUGCCUUAACCGUCCCAUUUUUCGGCUAUAUUAUGGCAUUCAUCGGAUCGUUCUUGAGUGUCACCUCCUCGAUAUUACUGCCAUGCCUGUGCUACCUUAAAACUAACAAAACUGCUCAAAAAUUUAGGUUUGAGUUGAUAAUAAUUGUUACCAUUUUGGUGGCUGGGUCUUUUAUAGGUGUAGUGGGAACCUUCAUUUCCGUAAAACAAAUUGUUAACCAUCUAUGAAUCAUUUGAAGUGGAUAGUAACCCAAGCUUUUUAUUAAUAAGAUGAGAGAUACAAGAACAAAAGUCAGAUAAGUAAUACUAUAUGUAUAUGGAUCAGGAAAGAUCAAUCGUUGUUUGGAAUAUAUGCAAUAAGCAAUGAGACAAGCAGAAUAUUUAUUGUCUGAUAUUAACACAGCUGCUCAAAACUUUGGGUUCUUGCUAAUAAUACUUGUUGGGAUUUUGGCAACUGCCUCAUUCAUAGUAGAAAUAAAUGAUACAAGGAGAUGUUGCAACAACAAUCCUUUGUUAGAAAAGUGAUCUUUAUUUGGUUGAUGAAAAGCUGAAUUGGUUGUUGAAGAGGAGAAAAUCAGAUGGCACGAUGCAACGAUAACUUGAAGUUGUGAAGUAGCCGUUGGCAUCAAAACGCAGCAAGCAGGAGUCGUUUUCUACUUUACUAAAGUUUUGUUAAUGAAGCGUUGCAGAAGUGUGUCGUUUUACUUAGUCUUCUAUUAUGUUGUUUCUCAUACGAUGCCGUUUAGUAUUUCUUCGUAAGGCUUUAAGGCAAGUUUGUUUCAAUUUGUUUUUCUGUUGCUUGGCACUGGUUUUCAUGGUGAAUGCUGUGCUAAGGUUUUCGAUGCGACAUUUUAGGAUCUAGAAAGUUUGAAUUUUCAAAUUCUUCAUAUAAAUACUGAAAAAUGUAUUGAACAAGUUGUUGAAUUCCAAAAUAUUUUUUUCUA